AUGUUUGUCAUCUUUGUCUUAAUCGUGAAGGGUUUUAACUUACGUUCAUAUCGUGAGAUAUCCGAUGCAAUUCUUCAAGAAAAAAUUCUCAACGUUUUACCAUGGUCGAAAAUUUGUUCUUAUCAACAUUUAUCAAAAGAACCAUUUGUUCGUCGUCUUCUUCUUACAACUGUCUCAAAUAAUCUUUAUCAAAUAGUAACAAGAGCUCAUGUAUAUGUUCCACAAGCACGUUAUAUGUUUGGAACUGUCGAUGAAUAUAAAGUACUCAAAGAAGGACAAGUUUUUAUUCAAAUUACUAAUGAAGAUGAAACUAAAACUGUUUUGGAAGGACCUAUUGCUAUUACUAAAAAUCCAUGUCAUCAUCCAGAAGAUCUAUUUGUUCUGAAAGCUGUCAAUAAUAUUUAUCUUCAUCAUCUCUAUGAUGUUCUAGUCUUUCCUCAACAAGGUUCUCGACCACAUGCAAGUGAAAUAUUAGGAUCGGAUCUUGAUGGUGAUGAGUAUAGUGUCAUUUGGGAUUUUGAACUCAUACUUACGUUAUUGAAUCCAAUUCCAUAUAAUUAUGACUCUGAACCCAGGCAUAUGCCUGAUGCUGAACUCAGAAUGAGUUCGAAAGCUCGCACUUCUAUUGUAUUUACUUGUUAG